AUGGAUGAUAAACGCAUUGUUCAUACCCUCGGCUUUGCCACCGGAGUCGAACAAAACCCGAAAGCCAAAGGGUGUGUGAAUGAACAAAGGACCGGCACUAAUGAUCGAGAGCUGUCGCAAUCCGCGCUGGCCUUCCCAGACCUCAACAUCUUGGUGGAACGAACAGACCCGGUCUUACAGCUCACGACUUCCGGCCAGGCUCAGUCCAAAGCGGCUUCGCCGGCUGUCGGAGCCUAA